UUAUAUUUUGAGUCCUUCACAUUCCGUCAAGCUUUCAAAAUGGAGAUGGACCAUUCGUCCAACCUUACAGAAAGUACUGUGGAACAUGAGGACGUCCCGCCUGAUCCUGCUUUGCAAGAGAUCUGUGGAUCUGAUGUAUACACAGAAUUCAGCGAGGAUGUGUUAAUGCUUGAGGUGAGCACAAUGACUUCAACUGAAAAAGUGUCACAAGGAGUAAACCAUGUAGAAGGGGGAUGGCCAAAAAAGAUCAAUGCAGACGACGUGGAGGUGACUGCCCGCUACAAGAAGAACUGUCUGAAGGAUGAGCAUUGUCAGCACAUAGUUAUGGAGCUUGCUAGUGUCAUGGAACACUACUUGAGGUUGAAAGAAUCAAAAAAUUGUUUCCCAGAUUUAAAAGAUGACAGCGUGGUAGAGGAAAUGGAGUAUGAGCCAUCAGCAAGAAUCAUCAAUAUGUUGAGAGACCCAAAUAAAAUAAAACGGACUGCCUCCAGUUUGUCCUGGCACCCGCUCGAUUAUCAUAAACUAGCUGUUGCCUACUCUUGCCUAGAAUUUCAGAGAGCACCCAAAAAGAUGAGCUUUGACUCCUACAUAUGGAACAUUGAAAUUUGCAAUAAACCUGAGAUGAUUCUGAAACCUGUAUCUCCGCUUAUUUGUCUGGAGUACAACCACAGAGAUACUCACAUCCUUAUUGGGGGAAGCUACAACGGACAGAUCGGCUAUUGGGACACAAGGAGUGGCAGCCAGCCAGUACAGAUGUCUGCCACUGAGCAUUGCCAUAAAGAUCCUGUUUACAAGGUCAUCUGGCUGCAGACAAAGAUAGGGACUGAAGCUUUCUCAGCUUCUACAGAUGGUCAGGUACUUUUCUGGGACAUUCGUAUGAUGAAUGAGCCCACCAAGCAGCUUGUGUUGGAUCCCAGUAAAAAGGGAAACCGUGAAAAUGCCUACGGCGCAGUCUCAAUGGAGUUUGAAAACAGUAUGGCCAAGUUUCUGGUGGGCACAGAGCAGGGGCUUGUGGUCUCGUGCAAUCGCAAGUUAGAGACCACAGAUGAUCCGAUUGUAUGCACAUACAGCGGACACCACGGCCCCAUUUACGCCAUCCAAAGAAACCCCUUUUUUCCAAAGAACUUCUUGACCGUAGCUGAUUGGACCGCCCGCAUCUGGUCAGAGGACAUCAAAGAGUCCUCCCUCAUUUCAACCAAAUAUCACAUGACCAGUCUGUUAGAUGGCUGUUGGAGUCCAGUCAGACCCUCCGUCUUCUUUACGGUGAAGAUGGAUGGCACCUUGGAUGUGUGGGACAUACUGUUUAAACAGAAGGACCCUGCUCUCAGUCUCAAAGUUUGUGAUGAAGCUCUUUACAGCAUCCGUGUACGAGAUAAAGACUCUUUGGUAUGCUGUGGGUCUCAGCUGGGUACCGUCAGACUGCUGAAGAUGUCACCGGACCUGUGCACUCUGCAGAAGAACGAGAAGGCCCUGGUCUCAGAGAUGUUUGAACGUGAGACCAAGAGAGAAAAGAUUCUGGAAGCUCAGUACAGAGAGAGACAUCAGAUGAAACAUAGCUGCUCCGAAGAGGAUGAAGGGCGAAAGGAAGACAUGGAGGAACUGCUGGCCUGUACAGAGACAGAGUUUUUUGAGACUGUGGAAGCUGAGAAGAAGAAAAUAGAGGAUGAGGAGAAAGGGAGAAGGAAAGUGGCAUGUGUGAAGACACCCAAGCAGGACACGGAUCCUAAACCCCCCGGAAAAGAAAGCUUUUCUGAUUGA